UAACUCUAUAAAACGCUGUACUCCCGGUGGUAAAAAAGGAGAUUGCGGUUUGAUGGAAAAAUGUACUUCUAAUGCUGAUUGCAAGCUCCCUGUAACUUGUGUAGAAAAACUGUGCAGAUUUCCCCCUGCCUGA